AAUUACCACGACGCUCGCUCUGCGCGCUCUGAGGUUCUUGCUUCUGCUGCCUCUGCGCGUCUGUAGAGGGGAGGGGAGGGGUGGCGGAGUGGAAAUGGAAUUUUGGUUGCUCUCGCAACAAACCCCUGGCAGAGAAGCGGCGUGGGCCCCAGAUGGCGAUGCCGUGAUUUCUCCUUCUACUAUUACGACUGCUACUAUUGAUUCUAAACUCUGCUGCGGGUCAGUGCAUGUUUUACUGACCUCGUUGUUCACUCACCAGCACCUCGCUCGCAGUCAGAACGCGAUCGCUCGCUCACUCGCGCUGCUGCUGCUGCUGCUGCUGCCUCCUCUGCCUGCUUUGCUCUUUCCACUGUUCAUCAUUACGCUCACCGUCCUCGGCCUCGGCGCUCUCUUGCCUUGCUCGCCUUCUCGCCUUGCCAUCCAUCUAUUUAGCUCGCCUGGCCACUCAGUCUUGUCUCCCCAAUUGUCGCCGCUGCUUUCAUGCGCUCAGUGUUUCUGGCCUGCUCUCUCGCUCGCCCGUCGACGAUCUUGCUCUGCGACGCUUGCCGGUUCCGUUGACAGCUCUUUCUUGACCGACUCUCCAUCUGCUCGGGCUUGUCGAGGGCCUCCUCUUUUCUGCAACUCUGCCCAUCUCCGCAGCGGCCUGCACCUUCUGCCCAGAUCUCACUCGAAUGCCUUCUCGCGCCUGUCCGUCGGUCACAGAGCUUAGUCUUCGCUGCUACCGAAAGUGCGAUCUCGACAAUUGACGCGUAGAGCCGUGUGAAAUCUGGAUUUGGAAUUGAGACGGACAAUUGGCCAUCCGUAUAAACCCCCUCCCCGUUGGAGCUGUACCUCUUGCGACGUCUUGACAUCCGUACUCUGCAAUUGAUAUGCCCGCCACCCAACGCUCUUUCAUCUAAAUUGCUCCUCUCUCCCGGUGCUUUCGACGUUGCAAUUUCAUCUGAGUGCAAUUGCCUGAUAGAGACAUUGCUUCCUUUGCACUCUACCGUCGUCCGUUCGGGCGAAGGGACUGAGUGGGUUGUCACCCCAUCUGUCUGAAUCCCUCCCUGUAUGUCGGUCCGUCCCUUUUUCUUUCUAGUCAUUCGACUCUACCGGAGCCGGGCGCGAUUGUUUUGGCCUCGCUCCAUCGCAUUUCUAAGUCCUCCCUGGUUUUCGACGUUAAAACCUUCAAGUAAUAUCGUUUGUGGCUGAAGAAUUGGCCUUCACCUCUGUGCAUCGUGCUGCGGGUCCAGUGCUUCUUUACUUUCCUACAGAAGUCCUCUGCCACUUAAGCUGAGCUCGGCUGCGUUCUCGGGUUUCUCUAGCGUGUUCUAUAUUCACAACUGGAAGGCGUUACUCAGUGCCUACAGCGCCAUUUAUGGCGCCCACUGAACAACUUUCGAGAGAUCUCACUUCAAGUCAAUCGAAACAUGGAGGCCGAUCGAGACCCACAGUCCUUGUAAUUGGAGCUGGAGUCGCUGGUUUGGCUGCUGCGCGGGUCCUUCAGGCUCAGUCCUUUAAGGUUGUUGUUCUAGAGUCGAGGGAUCGUGUGGGAGGUCGCGUGUACACUGAUCACUCUUUCGGAUUUCCUGUGGACAUGGGUGCCUCAUGGUUGCAUGGACUUUGUAAAAGCAAUCCUCUGGCGCAUCUGGUGGGUCAGCUGAGGUUGCCUUUGUACCGUACCAGUGGAGACAACUCUGUACUCUACGACCACGACUUGGAAAGUUAUGCACUCUUUGAUAUGGAAGGUAACAAGGUUCCUCAACAUCUGGUUACCGAAGUUGGACUUGCAUUUGAAGCUCUGCUAGAGGAAACAAAGAAAAUUCGGGAAGAAAUUUCAACUGAUAUUUCGGUGAAGAAAGCCUUCUCUACUGUUUUGGAGAGAAGACCUGACUUGAGGCAAGAGGGGCUGCGAUACAAGGUUUUGCAGUGGUAUUUGUGCAGAAUGGAGGGUUGGUUUGCUGCUGACGCUGAUAACAUUUCGGUUCAAAGUUGGGAUGAGGAAGAAGUUCUCCAAGGUGGGCAUGGGUUGAUGGUGAGAGGUUACGGACCUGUAAUAGCGGCUCUUUCUGAGGGUCUUGACAUUCGUCUAAACACCAGAGUAAGGAAAGUGCUGCGACGGGUCCAGGGCGUCAGAGCUAUCACAGAGGAUGGAACUGUAUAUGACGCAGAUGCCGCCGUGAUUGCUGUACCUUUGGGUGUGCUCAAAGCUGACAUCAUUCGAUUUGAGCCGCGACUCCCUGACUGGAAAGAAAUAUCAAUAAAAGAUUUGGGAUUUGGCAAUGAAAACAAGAUUGCUCUCUUUUUUGAUAGAGUUUGCUGGCCCAACGUGGAAUUUUUAGGAGUUGUAGCACCUACUUCUUAUGGCUGCAGUUAUUUUUUGAACCUGCGCAAAGCCACCGGUCAUCCUGUCCUUGUUUACAUGCCGGCCGGGCGGUUAGCCAACGAUAUUGAGAAACUCUCUGAUGAGGCUGCCGCCAGCUUCGCUGUCAUGCAACUAAAGAGAAUUCUCCCCAACGCUGCCGAGCCGAUACGGUAUCUCGUCUCACAUUGGGGCACGGACCCGAGCUCGUUAGGAUGCUACAGCUAUGACGCUGUGGGGAAGCCCCAUGAUUUGUACGAGCGUCUUCGAACCCCCGUCGACAAUCUGUUUUGGGCUGGUGAAGCUACCAGUCAAAGGUUCCCUGGGACUGUUCAUGGAGCUUUUGCAACUGGAGUGAUGGCAGCAGAGGAGUGCUGUCGACGUUUUGUCGAGCAAAAUCGAGACUUGGAGCUUUUCCAACAGCCUGUGAUGGCUGAGGAGGCAGCGGAUUAUACUCCACUUCAAAUAUCGCGCCUGUGAUGAAACUCUUCCAGGGCAUUAUCUAGUCAUUGCUGCGUACUUCGGGUUUCUGGAACUGGGUAGGCAGUCUACAAAGUCGAGAAAGCAGGGGUUGUUUGAUAUGGAGAAGAUGCUGCCGAAGAUGCUAGAGCACAAUGUAGACCAUUUCUAGAGAAGGUGUGGAAGAAACAACACUUAUCCUUUGUUGGUUGUCACAUAUUUUUGUAUGUUGUCAUACUGUUGAUACAGAAAAUUUUGAGGGAUCUCGGGGUUCAUGACUAUUACCCCUUCAGAAGCCCUUGAUAUCUGCCCAUUUUGCGAAGUAUGGGCUUGUAAAGUGUAUUACUUGGGAGCCUUGGUUGGUUGUUGGAGAAUUUACAAUCACCCCUUCUGUUGUCAAAGGUCCUGUUGGAAUAGUCUGUAUUAAAAUUUUUUGCUUCACCGACGCCUUAUCCUACUUGGCCACGGUGUUGUAACGAUCAUAUCUUUUUUAACCGCCUUCGCUUUUAGUG